UCAGUUAAGGUGUUUUCGCUUGAUAGAAGUAUUUUUCCUUCUAGCUAAUAAAAUUGUGCUCAAGGGAAAAAUCCACAUCAUGUCUCCGAUAGUCGUUGUACAGUUGGUUUGGGCUUUACUAGUGCUCAGUAAAGUUGAUCCCACGGCAGGCAAUCUAGCAGAAGAAGAACGAAUCGUCGGAGGCUUCCCGUUGGACAUCGAGCAAGCACCGCACCAAGUGUCAAUACACCUAAAAAAUGGCACACUUUUGUGUGGAGGAUCCGUAUUGAGGAGUAACAUUAUCUUGACGGCAGCUCAUUGCUUUGUAAAGUUUAUCAACUUCGAAGGAUGGACCGUCCGAGCCGGAUCCAGUUAUCCAAAUAAAGAUGGGGCUCUGAAGGAGUUUAAAAAUGUGAUUAUCCACCCUAACUAUAACCACCACGACUACGACGUGGCCCUAGUAUAUUUAAAAGGAUCAUUAAAAGGUCCACAUAUUAAGCCAAUUACGCUCGCUUCGUCCCAAGCAUCUUACCAUCCCGGAAAAAUGGGAAUUGUCAGCGGUUUUGGAAGGAUUAUGCAUCAGGGUGUGCCUUCCGAACGGUUAUUAGGUGUCAAGGUACAGGUCAUCGAUUGGGAACAAUGUAGAAUUGAUAACAUGAAUGUACUUUCCCCCCUCACUGCGCGCAUGUUCUGCGCCGGAAAUGAAAGUGGAGGUAAAGAUUCAUGCGAGGGCGAUUCCGGAGGUCCCCUGGUAAUCGAUAACGAAUUGGUCGGAAUCGUUUCUUGGGGAAUAGGAUGUGGCUGGCCAAAUCAUCCUGGAGUAUACACCAACGUGCUGGUCGUCAAGAAGUGGAUUUUGAGCAACAUAUUAGACAUCUGCUCACUGCAGCACAAAAUUGGACUGCUGUUGGACUACAAAAAUAAUCAAGAAAAUUGGCAGCAGUGUCGCUGUCAGAUUGUGUUUCCGGAAAAAGAAAAAGAGAAGUCAUUGUGCUACCGGGGAAGCAGCCCGUGUCUGGGAGCAAGCUCUCGCCCCAAGGGCAUAAAAUGGCAAACUGAUUCAUUUUCGCAUUUCCUGGGCCAACAUCGAUUCCGGACAAAAAUACGGCGCAAAGGCAGUGUCAGAUCAAGUGGAGGUCCGCAUAAAAAGGGGUCGAGUAAUCGACUUGAAUUGAAGCUGCGCGAAACGAUUCAUUCUAGCGCGAAUACGUGGAAGUGGGACGAUAAGAUCCCUAGAAGCAGUUCAAUGUCCGAAAUCGGGAUCUGGACCUGCCUGCUGCUAUUGUUAGUAGUGGCGCGUCGCUCAAUCGAAUCCGCAAACGUAGAACCCGAAGUAACAAAGGACAAUCGCAUCGUCGGUGGGGUACAGAUCAACAUCGAGGAUGUUCCGUAUCAGGUGGCCCUGCUAGAGUACGAAACCUUCACCUGCGGUGGUUCGAUCAUACGACCGGAUGUAGUCCUCACCGCUGCCCAUUGCCUUAAGAGGUCGGUGGCCAAAUUUGUGCAAGUUCGAGCGGGAAGCAGCGACCGAAAACAUGGUGGCCAGGUGCUCAACACCGAGCAGAUAAUCGUCCAUCCCCAGUACAUCCCCAAGGACCACGAUUACGAUAUAGCUGUCUUGAUACUGAAGGGUCGUUUCAAAUUCAACGAAAAAGUGAAAAUGGUCCGAUUGGCCAAUAGCAUGAGAUACUACGAACCGGAUACGAUUGGUAAAGUUAGCGGUUGGGGUUAUUUAGAGGCAGACGAUGCUGGACCGUCAAAAUCGCUGCAAGCCCUCAAUGUUCCCAUUAUAGAGCAGAGUAAAUGUAUUAAGUUUUACCAGGGUAAAGAUAACAUAACGGAUCGGAUGUUUUGCGCCGGAUUCGAAGCUGGUGGUCACGAUGCCUGUAAAGGUGAUUCCGGGGGACCGUUUGUUGUGGGCUCGAAGCUAGCGGGUAUCGUGUCCUGGGGCAAAAGCUGUGCCAAGAGGGGUAAACCGGGAGUCUACUCUAGCGUGUUCAAGUACCGCAAGUGGAUUAAGAAAUUCAUCUGAGAAAAAGUAAAACUAAUGAAUUGAACU